AUGGCAGAAAUGCCCAAGCGCAAUGACUCAAUCUGUUGCCUCUUUCCUACGUGCGCUCGUGGUCGAAGGGCCAUUCACCACCACGACACAGCGUUGAGGGGCCGGGUAUCCUGCUUAUUGAUGGAGAUUGAGAGGAUUCAUGGAGACGAACCGCAACUGGGGCACUUUAUGCUGAUGGCAAUCUUGCCGCCAGGCAAUGACCCACAACUGCCGCUUUUCUGGUCUGAUGUUGGAUAUCCGCUGGGCAUAUCAAUCCUGGACGAAGCCAUACAUGCACUAGCAGAUUUCUUUUCUCAGGAGCUGAUGUUAUUGCAUUAUUAUGCGGAGCAUUUAAGGCCGCCUAAUUGCCCAAUUCUGUAUAGAAGACUUCGUCCUGCACGACAAUAUGGUCACUUAGGAUACCCGUCGCAGAAGAAAAAGCCUUCACAGGCUUAG